UGGGGUGUUAUAACGUGUGGUUGACAAGAUAGAUGGCAGUGGUAGCCGCCUCACACCCACACAGUGGAUGAUUUUCACUAAACUUGGUGUGUAAGACACAUUGUGGCACCUGUGAGGGUAGAUAACAAGAAGGAAGGAAGACCAGGUCCUUCAAGAACACGGAGGAAGGAGGAGGGAGCAAAACCAGCACCAUUAAGCUUAUAUUCUUCACAUGUUAGAGGUUUAAAUGGUGGAUGAGAAGUCUUAGUGUAAUAAUACAAAAUGUGAAACAAACAACUGUGCAGUGAAAACAGUGACAAAACUCUCAGCUGCUGAUUAAUUCAUCAUUAGUUCAUAUAUUACACUGUUGAACAAGUUAUCUGGAAGCACUUGAUGAUCUGAGAGUGAACACCUGACCACCUGGAGGAUGUGGGUGAAGAAACUGGGUCGCAUGAGUAUACUGGCAGCUGCAGCAGGAGGUGCCAUUGUGGGCUAUGUUGUCAGCAGUGAUGAGAGGAGAAGGACAGCUCAGGCAUCGUGGACUACAGGCUACACCCCAUCAGUUAAAUGGGACUGGAACUGGGAUAGAGAAGCUCAUAGUUUAGUGAAGCCACGUAAUCCAAAAAAUGACAUUAACAAUAACAUUGUUAAUGGUAACUUUGAGGACCGCGUGGAGAAGGUUAAACCUUCAGCCUCUCGUCACUUGAUAUUUAUACGUCACGGACAGUACAACCUGGAGGGUGUCUCAGACUCGGAGCGAUACCUUACACAGUUAGGUCGUGAGCAGGCAUCACUGACGGGGGAUCGACUCAAGCAACUUAACUUGCCAUACUCGCGUAUUGUCUAUUCUACGAUGACCAGGGCUGCAGAAACAGCAAGGAUAAUCAUUGAGAGGCUGGACAAUGUAGAAGAGGUUGAACACUGUGACCUGCUACGAGAGGGGGCACCUGUUCCACCUGAACCACCCAUUGGAAGCUGGAAGCCAGAAAUGCACAAGUUUUAUGCCGAUGGUGCUCGCAUUGAAGCAGCCUUCAGGAAGUAUGUCCAUCGUGCUCCCACUUCCCAGGAGAAGGAUAGCUACGAAGUAUUUGUGUGUCAUGCUAAUGUCAUCCGAUAUUUUGUCUGCAGAGCAUUGCAGCUUCCCCCUGAAGCCUGGUUACGCAUGACUCUGCACAAUGGCAGCAUGACGCACAUUGUGGUUCGUCCUGAUGGUCGGGUUGGAAUGUGGCAUCUAGGUGAAUGUGGCUACAUGCCUCCCGAGAAACUCUCCCGCUCAUGAUAAACAUUUCCUUUAAAAGUGUCAUAAAUCUUCAAUAUUGGUUAAUAAGUUAUUUCUUGUCGAGGCAUAUAAAAUGUAUAUUAUUUACAUGUGAUCAAUAUUUCAAUUUGUGUAGUCAUUUUACUGAUGAUGGAUGUGUUAACCUUGCUAGUUUAAGCAAGGUGGGGAAGACUUUUUAAUUCAUGUUUCAAGUUUGUUGUAAUUAUUUACCACUUGACUCAGGACCAAUUUGUACAACUAUGUCAAGGUUUUUAAUGCUAUAAAUAAGCAGCUUAAUUAAAUUUAAUGAAAAAUGUGAAUUACAUUAGAUUGGUAAUUAAUUGUACAACCAUUUGUGAAUAACAGAUGGAGUGAUGUACCCAAAUACACACAUUUGUUUACCAACUACAGAAUAGUAUACAAAAAUAUAGAUGUUUGUAUGGUUUCCAUGGCUACUUUUGUUGCUUUAAGAUAAUUUUUUUUAAAGAGAUUACAUGCUUAUAGAUAUUUUAUAAUAUAACCUUUGAUAGUGUUACAAACUUGCGCAUGGUAUCAGUACUGGUGCGGCUACACUGGUUUACAUGUUUGCUUAACAUGUACUUGUCUAGGAUUAAAUAUUUGUAUGCC